AUGUCCAGCUGUUUAGGAGGAAUUGUCUUUUUGGCUCUCGCUACCGUAGGACUCUCCUUAGGUCCCCCGGGAACAAAUUCAGGACAGCCUAAAGCGCCAGUAGGGAGUAAUAAGCCAGGUGGAUUCGCACCAAGUCCCGGAGACCGGGGAGGACGAGGAGGUGGUGGUGGAGGAGGUGACAGAAGUGACUUCGGCGGUAGAAGUGUAAACGAUCGUGGAGGACCUUGGCCUGGAAGAAACGGCGGAAGAGGGCAAAUUAUUGAAAUUGAAAGGCGCGUUUUUGGUAAUGGACCUGGAAGCAACAUCUGGUUUAUUCCAUAUGUUGCACCUCUUCAAAGGUUCUACAACCCAGCAGCCGAUCGGCAUCGAUUCCACACUGAAAUCCAACCAAUUUCGACGUUCCUGUCUAAUGGAUACCGUCAGGAGCCUUCACCAGGUAGAAUGAUUACUAUGGCUACAUACAACCAGCAAGGAGCCGAGAUCAGUCUUCGCUGUCCUCAAAUAGUCCCUCUGUUUGCUGUGUUGAACGCUGCAGCAAAUGCACAGAAGUUGACCACUAGCUUGACCGAACUCAAUGCUCUUAUCCGAGGUGGAUGGUAUCGAAUUCCGCAAGUCGGUUACUGUGUGAAGGGCCAGGCUUGUGGAGCAACGAAACCACUCAGAGAACUUCGGGUUACAUCUAAGCCAGGUGACGUCGUCUACACAACGGACGCCAACGAGUUCGCCGUUCUGAAUAGUAAUGGACCCUUCCAAGGCUCGGGAACAGGCGCAGUUUGCUAUUUAUGGUAA